CCUGGGUGGGGGCGGUCUUGGCGGGAGCUCGGAGCCGCUGGGCCGCCGGGGGCCCUCGGAGGAUGCUCGGCCGCAGCACCUUUCCUUGAAGGGGCGAGAACAUCACGGGGGAAGGAAGCAAGGUGCUGACAGCAAACCUGGUGGCCAUGACAAGAACGGACACGCCGAAUGUGGCGGGUGCGCAUGAUAAAGUUGAUGGAGAACUUCAGUCAGAAGCAAUGGCAUAUGAUAACGUGAAGUGAUUGCAAACAUCAAGAAAAAUAUUUUUCACAGUCAGAAGCAACCGCACGAAGUGCGUGAAGAUGUCCGUGGACCCAAUGACCUACGAGGCCCAGUUCUUUGGCUUCACGCCCCAGACCUGUAUGCUGAGGGUCUACACGGCGUUUCAAGACUACCUGUUUGAGGUGAUGCAGGCCGUGGAGCAGGUUAUCCUGAAGAAGCUGGGUGACUCCCCGGCCUGUGAGAUCAGCCCCGUCCAGAUUCGUAAGUGCACGGAGAAGUUUCUCGGCUUCAUGAAAGGACGUUUCGAUAACCUUUUUGGCAAAAUGGAGCAGCUGUUUUUACAGCUGAUACUGCGUAUUCCCCCAAACAUCCUGCUUCCAGAAGAUAAGCCUCAGGAGACACAUCCUUGUACUGCGGAGGAGUUCCAGCUUCUCCAGAAAGAAAUCGAACAGCUACAGGAGAAGUAUAAGACUGAGCUCUGUGCGAAGCAGGCCCUCCUCGCAGAAUUAGAGGAACAAAAAAUCGUCCAGGCCAAACUCAAACAGGUUUUGGCUUUGUUUGAUGAGCUUGAAAAUACCGGCAGAGACCACGGGACUAGUGAUUUUAGGGAGAGCUUGGUGUUCCUGGUCCAGAACUCCAGAAAACUCCAGACUAUUAGGGACAAUGUGGAACGGGAAGGCAAGAGAAUGAAAAUAUCUUAAUUUCUAAGUAGUAACAGGAGCUCAUCAGAAAGUAGAAUAGUAAGGAUUUACAUCACUGAUAUUCUAGUGAACUGUGCGUCUUGCGUGAUUUCCUUCGUUUGCUCUUCCUGGUACUCCACCCCUCCUUCCGUUCUGGUCCACUGUGCUGGGGCAGCUUCGCACUGCCCUGAACUCAUCCCUGGGGCAUGUGUUCCCUAGAGACCUCUCGUUGGCGGGACGGGGUUCCUGGUCCAGGGACAACUUACCGGGGGCCAUGAAUCAAGAGGCAGGUCAGAGAUCUUUGUAAAGCUGUUCCUUGGUCCUCUGUAACCUUGAUCCUUCGACUUACCCUUCGGAUGCAAUCAGCUGAGAAAAAGGUGAAGUGGGUGGCUUCGUCACGAACCGGCCACUGCCCCGAGAGACGCAGCACAGCCUGCCUGCUCUCGCCCACUCGCACGUCUUCCCCGGGGACCUCAGUGAAGGGAAAGAAGCAAGUACAGCGACACCGUGAUCUUCAGUAAGAACAGAGAAGUUGUUUCCGUUCCUAAGCUAGAUCCUUUCUGUGACGGUGGCGUCAGGGACAAGGAGCAGUCUGCCGUCGGGGAGCCCGGCAGGGGAAGACCGUGGACGAAGAAGAGGCGGGUCUCACCGGAAUAGGAAGGGAAGCCCGGAACAGAGCAGGAGCAGAGCUGAUGUGAGCUGACUGCCAGGCGCUUGCAUCCUUUCUUUCACACUUCAGUCACGUUUGGAAUCUGCCUUGUACCUAAUAUUUUUUAAGUAUUUAUUCAUACUCCUAAGCAUCAAAUUCUUAGUACCCACCGUGGGGAAAUUUUAGCUGUGCCGUGCAUAAAUUUAGUGGAGUCUAAUGUUUUCUUCUGAAAGUCAUCCGUGUGACCUGUUACGCGACCCAGAGAAAGAGCGGGAAUACCAGACUUGCUCUUAGGGCGUCGCCCUGCGUGUCUUCCUAAAGAACGGGAUUUGGGUUUCUCCUUUACGUAGAAGGCCAGCACGGGACAUUAAUGUUUGCAAUUAAGUAUUCAUAGAUUUGAGAUGCCUGUGUUUACCUGGAAUAUGUUUAUUAUCAAGGAGUCUUUUUUCCAAUCCUGUAUGUGAAAUACAUGUAUCUUAAAGGCU